AUUGAUCCCAGCAGCUGGAGCGGCAGUGAGAGCCCUGCCGAGGACAUGGAGAGGAUGAGUGACUCGGCAGAUAAGCCUGUGGACAACGAUGCUGAAGGGGUCUGGAGUCCUGACAUAGAACAGAGCUUCCAAGAAGCCCUGGCCAUCUAUCCUCCAUGUGGCCGAAGGAAGAUCAUCCUGUCAGAUGAGGGAAAGAUGUAUGGUGAAAAACAUCUCGUGGCAUCUGAGGUGAAUGCUGGCAAGAAGAAGACAGUUAAAAAAAUUUUUUCGCACACACAGGCGUUGAGCAGAGUAAAAUUCUGAGAAUUCAGACAAAAACUGAGAGACCAAGCCGUGAAGGACAAAGCCCUCCAGAGCAUGGCCUCCAUGUCAUCGGCUCAGAUCGUCUCUGCCACAGCUAUUCACAACAAACUGGGUCUGCCAGGCAUCCCUCGUCCUGCCUUCCCUGGAGCCGGGUUAUGGCAGGGGAUGAUAUCGACUGGUCAGCCAGGAUCCUCACAAAAUGUUAAGCCUUUCACCCAGCAACCUUAUCCCAUCCAGCCAACAGUCACAACCGCCAUUUCAAGUUAUGAGCCUGCAGCAGCUCCAGCACCCACAGCUCCUGCGUGGCAGGGCCGCUCCAUCGGCACGUCCAAACUCCGACUGGUGGAGUUCGCUGCCUUCUUGGAGCAGCAGCGAGACCCAGACUCGUACAACAAGCACCUGUUUGUACAUAUCGGACAGACGAAUCAUUCCUACAGUGACGCCCUCCUGGAGUCGGUGGACAUUCGUCAGAUUUAUGAUAAAUUUCCAGAAAAGAAAGGAGGACUGAAGGAGCUUUAUGGAAAAGGUCCCCAGAAUUCCUUCUUCCUUAUAAAAUUUUGGGCUGACUUGAACUGCAGCGUUCAAGAUGAUACUGGAUCUUUCUAUGGCGUCAGCAGUCAGUACGAGAGUUCGGAGAACAUGACUAUAACGUGUUCAACAAAGGUUUGCUCCUUUGGCAAGCAGGUCGUUGAGAAAGUAGAGACUGAAUAUGCACGGUUUGAAAAUGGACGCUUUGUGUACCGGAUAAGCCGGUCCCCCAUGUGUGAAUACAUGAUCAACUUCAUCCACAAGCUCAAACAUCUGCCGGAGAAGUAUAUGAUGAACAGCGUUCUGGAGAACUUCACCAUCUUAUUGGUGGUGUCGAACAGGGACACCCAGGAGACGCUGCUGUGUAUGGCGUGCGUGUUUGAGGUUUCAAACAGCGAGCACGGCGCCCAGCAUCACAUCUACAGGCUGGUAAAGGAAUGA